AUGGAUUCAGAGCAGUUGUUAAGACUCGUGGAUAGUAAAGGGUCCAUCAGCACAUGGGACAUAAGCAAAGAACACAAUAUUGAUCAUCAAAAAAUUAUUGGUGUUGUUAAUAGCAUAUUGGCAUUGGGAAAUAUUAUUACUGCCGAUCCAGUGACAAGUAAGUACUGGGAACUUACCGAAGAAGGAGAAUCAGUUGCAUUGAAUGGUAGUUAUGAGGUAAAUCUAUAUAACGGUGUUCCAUCUGAUGGGAUACCUCAAAAGGAAUUAAUGAAAAUACCAAAUGCAAAAAUUGGAUUCAGCCAAGCAAUGUCAAAGGGUUGGAUAGUAAUUGAUCGAGCAGCAAACAAAGUGAUGAAAAAAGUCGAUUCAGUUGUUGAUAAGGUUAAAGAAGAUUUGAUAGAAUUGAAAGCAUCUCAUGAUCAAAUUUCUGAGUCGGAAAAAAUGGAUUAUAAAAAACGAAAACUUAUUCGUGAAGUAGUCAUAAAAAGUUUUACAUUAGGUAAGGGUCCAGAAUUUACAACGUCUAUUGUAAAAUUAGAAACUGAACUAACUACAGAAAUGAUAGCAUCUGGUUCAUGGAAAUCAACUCCAUUUAAGCCUUACAAUUUUGAAGCUUUAGGCCAACCACAAUUGGCUGGUUGCUUACAUCCAUUAUUGAAAGUUCGCUCAGACUUUCGUCAAAUAUUUCUUGAAAUGGGUUUUACUGAAAUGCCAACUAAUAAUUUUGUUGAAAGCUCGUUUUGGAAUUUUGAUGCAUUAUUCCAACCUCAACAACAUCCAGCAAGAGACUCGCAUGAUACUUUUUUUUUGGAGAACCCUCAAACUAGUGAAAACUUUCCUCAAGAAUAUUUAAACAAGGUAAAAACAGUACAUUCUAAGGGUGGCUAUGGUUCCCAAGGAUAUGGCUAUGAUUGGUCCUUGGAUGAAGCUAAGAAAAACGUCUUGAGAACUCAUACUACAGCUGUAAGUGCUCGUAUGUUGUAUGGCUUAGCUAAAGAUUUUAAACCGACUAAGUACUUUAGUAUCGACCGAGUAUUCCGAAAUGAGACUUUGGAUGCUACUCAUUUGGCAGAGUUUCAACAAGUAGAAGGAGUAAUAGCUGAUUACAAUUUAACAUUGGGAGAUUUGAUUGGAGUUCUUCACACGUUUUUUGAACGAUUAGGAAUGACUGAAAUAAAAUUUAAACCUGCUUACAAUCCAUACACAGAACCUAGUAUGGAAAUAUUUUGUUAUCAUCAAGGACUAAAAAAAUGGAUCGAAAUUGGCAACUCUGGAAUGUUUCGUCCUGAAAUGCUAUUACCAAUGGGCUUACCAGAAAAAGUAAAUGUUAUAGCUUGGGGUUUAUCGUUAGAGAGGCCAACUAUGAUUAAAUAUGGCAUCAACAAUAUUAGAGAUCUAGUCGGACCUAGAGUUAAUUUACAAAUGGUACAAGAUAACCCAAUAUGUAGAUUAGACAAAUAA